AUGGCCGAUGAUCGGCAACCUGAACCUGAUCGGCCCACUCCCGCACCGGUCCGUCCACGAGCUCCCCAAGCGCUAUGGGCCGCUCAUGUUCCUACGCUUCGGCUCCCCCCCGUCGUCAUCGGCUCCUCCAUCGACAUGGCUAGGUUCUUCCUUAAGAUGCACGACCUGGCAUUCAUUGACCGCCCUAGGACCGAGACUAGUAGGUACACCGGCUACAACUACUCCGACAUGCUGUGGUCGCCCUACGGCGCGUACUGGCGGCAGGCGCGCAAGUUCUGCAAGGCCGAGGUGUUCAGCGUGGCGUGGCUGAGGUCACAGGAGCACGUCUGA